CCCGUCUAAGUACAUUACUUUUUGCGCUGCUUGUUUCAGCAGACCUUAUUUCACUUUGCCUUCACCAUGUUAAGGAUGCUAAGGAGACACCAGAUCCACCCGGGCAUGAUUUUAAUACUGGUCUGGCUUUGUCAUUUCAUUGAGGACCAGAAAGUGCAAGCUGGCAACUGCUGGCUGCAGCAAGGGAAAAACGGAAGGUGCCAGGUUCUCUACAUGCCUGGGAUGAGCAGAGAGGAAUGUUGUAGGAGUGGUAGGCUCGGAACGUCCUGGACAGAGGAGGAUGUUCCCAACAGCACGCUGUUCAGGUGGAUGAUCUUCAACGGCGGGGCUCCCAAUUGCGUACCUUGCAAAGAGACUUGUGACAACGUGGACUGUGGCCCGGGCAAGAGAUGCAAGAUGAACCGCAGGAGCAAGCCACGCUGCGUCUGUGCCCCAGAUUGCUCCAACGUCACUUGGAAAGGGCCCGUGUGUGGCUCAGACGGAAAAACCUAUCGCGAAGAGUGCGCCCUGCUGAAAUCCAAGUGUAAAGGCCACCCGGACCUGGAGGUCCAAUACCAGGGCAAAUGCAAGAAGACGUGCCGUGACGUGCUUUGCCCAGGCAGCUCCACUUGUGUGGUGGACCAGACCAACAACGCCUACUGCGUGACCUGCAACCGCAUUUGCCCGGAGGUCACCAACCCGGAGCAGUACCUGUGCGGCAACGACGGCAUCGUCUACGCCAGCGCCUGCCACCUGCGAAGGGCCACCUGCCUCCUCGGCCGUUCCAUCGGAGUGGCAUACGAGGGCAAGUGCAUCAAGGCAAAGUCGUGCGACGACAUCCAGUGCAGCGCGGGGAAGAAGUGUCUGUGGGACGCCCGCAUGGGCCGAGGCCGCUGCGCCCUCUGCGAAGAGGCGUGCCCGGACAGUCGCUCCGAGGAGGCGGUGUGCGCCAGCGACAACACAACCUACCCCAGCGAGUGCGCCAUGAAGCAGGCGGCUUGCACACAGGGCGUCCUGCUGGAGGUUAAGCAUUCGGGAUCUUGCAAUUCUACCAUGUAUUCUUCCAUCUAGCCAUCACAGAAGACCAGGAAGAGGAGGAGGAUGAGGACGACCAGGACUACAUGGCUUAUAUCCAUUUAUCCCCACUCUUGGAUGGAUAAAACACACUAAUAGAAAGUCAAUCACUCACACACUCCCCAUACAACCCUUAUCACCACCACCGGCGGAACUCUCCAUCGUGGGGCGAGGAAACUCUGUUUAUACUGUACAUAUGUGUAUGCUUAUUUAUUUUUUAAAAGAAAAAGGAAGUAUACAUAUAGUCCAGUCUGCUAUAGAUGUUUAUUUAUGCAGUGUUUUAUUUUCCUUUGUUGGAUUUAUAAUUUAUACAUUUACAGUGUCUGGCUUACUAUCAAUCAUGUUUUAUUUUGAGGUUCGUGAGAGGGUGUGAAUGCUGUGUGUGUGUGUGUGUGUGUGUGUUUGCGUGUGUGUGAGCAUGUCCUUGUGUGUGCACAUGUGGAUGUGCAUUGUUUUUUUUUGUUUGUUUGUUUCUUCUUCCUUUUUUUUAUUAUGAAGAAAUAUAUUUGUCCAAAGAGAAGCAAUGUUAUUUAUUGUGAGGUACCAAGGUUACCAUGUAAAGUAUACAUCAUCUGCAAGCUGUAAAUUGCUAUCCCCACGCUGUACAAAUCUGCUUAUCGCUGUCCAUUCUGUCACAGAUGUUUAUAUUUCACACACACACACUCACACACACUCACACACACAGACACACACAGACACACACAGACACACACAGACACACAGACACACACAACACACACAACACACACAACACACACAACACACACACACAAACUCUUGCUCUGUCAUACACAUACAGACACACACAAGAAAAAUGCAUGUUAGCCUGUGUGUUUAUUUAUUGGGAAUCUGUCACUCUUUAAAUGUACAUAAAUGUUACUGGUUUUGUUUACAGUUCACAAUAGCUGACCAAAGGGACUAUCUCAAUGGUUCUGGCAAAGUGGCUCGAUAUGGUGCAGCACGCCAAUAUAUAGUUCUUCUGAAAGUAAGCCCUUAAUAAAAAUUAAGUAGAUGUCAAACACCAGAUAUCUUUCAACUGCAGUAUUGUCUUUUCAGUGAAAUGUUAGGGAAAAAAAGAGAAUAGUUUUCAAUCAUACUUGAUUAUCAGAUAUGUGCCAUUUACUUGUACAUACUAUUUUGUUUUUGCCAAUGUUCCGCUCCAUAUGGCUCUGGUGGAGCACAUAGGAAUAAUGAUACGUAGCGUUGGGUAUCGGUAUAUCAGACCUAUCACUUUUCUUUGUGUGCAUUGUUUUGAAGAUGCAUUUUUUAUUUUUCAGACAUCACAAGCUAAAUACAGAAAAUUCAGUUAUAAAUAUAUAGUUUUGUAUUUUUUUAUGUAAAUGUCAUAUGUAUAUACAAAGUUUGAUGGUAUUUGUACAGAUAUGAAGAGUGAAAACAAUAAUAAAAAGAAAAUUCA